UCAAAACGACCUCCGGAGUCCUGACCACUCCCCACCUUCCAAAAACCUUUCUUUCAAAUUUCAAACCCCUCAUUUCAUCACACUCUCCACAUUCACCUCUUUUUUUUCUUCUUUUUUGUCUAAUCAUUCAUGGAGCUCCCGCCCGGCGAUCACACCGUGAUUCAACAACCUUCACCUUCAUCAGAACAGCGUCGUGUUGGUUUAGUCUACGAUGAACGGAUGUGUAAUCAUUCAACACCCCACGACGAUCUCCAUCCCGAAAACCCUAACCGAAUUCGAGCCAUUUGGAACAAACUUCAGUCUACUGGCAUUACACGCAGAUGUGUGAUAUUUGAUGCAAAAGAAGUGGAAGAUAAAUAUAUAGCUGCUGUUCAUACCAACAACCACAUUAAGUUGAUCAAAGGAAUAAGCUCUGAAAAGGUUCCCUUAAUAAGAAGAAACAAAAUGGCUGAAAAGUUUAAUUCUAUAUAUUUCAAUGAAGGUUCGUCUGAAUCCGCUUAUCUUGCUGCUGGUUCCGUUCUCGAGGCUGCUGAGAAAGUUGCGAAAGGGGAAUUAAAUUCUGCCUUUGCUAUUGUUAGACCUCCUGGACAUCAUGCUGAAAGAGAUAAACCGAUGGGGUUCUGUCUUUUUAAUAACGUGGCUAUUGCGACAAGAUUUCUUCUAAACCAAAAAGAGCUGGGUAUUCGGAAGGUGUUGAUUGUUGAUUGGGACGUCCAUCACGGAAAUGGGACUCAAAAUAUGUUUUGGAAAGACUCCCAAGUGCUGUUCUUCUCUGUUCACAGGCAUGAGUUUGGGGGUUUUUAUCCUGUUGGUGAUGACGGAUCACACUUCAUGAUGGGCGAGGGGCCGGGUUUAGGGUAUAAUAUAAAUGUUCCGUGGGAGAAUGGUCGAUGUGGAGAUGCAGAUUAUAUUGCAGUUUGGGACCAUAUACUGAUCCCAGUUGCAAGAGAAUUUAAGCCUGAUAUCGUCAUAAUUUCAGCAGGAUUUGAUGCAGCCAUUGGUGAUCCUCUUGGAGGCUGCUGUAUCUCACCAAAUGGUUAUGCUAUAAUGUUGAAGAAGCUCAUGGAGUUUAGCAGCGGAAAGAUUAUAAUGGCAUUGGAAGGAGGAUACAAUCUUGAAUCCUUAGCGAAUUCAGUAUUAGCUUGUGUGGAAGUAUUGCUGGAAGACAAACCUGUUGAUAAGUCCAUCGAGGUUUAUCCAUUUGAAUCCUCAUGGAGAGUGAUUAAAGCGGUUCGUGAGGAAUUGAGUGCCUUUUGGCCAAUACUCGCAGAGAAGUUACCUGAGAAGUUAGCCAGUAAAGUAACAACCCAACUUCAGGUAUAUAGCUCAGAGUCAGAGGACGAAUAUGAGGUCAUCCCAAAUACUUUAUCAGAGGAGGAUGUUACAAUACCACUUUCAAAACUGAAACUUAGUGAAAAGACCAAUGGUGCAGUUUCGUCUGCUUCUUCUCAAGCUUGGAGGUCAGAGUUAUCGAAAACUGAUGUUUGGUAUGCCUCUUUUGGAUCAAACAUGAGUGAGCCAAGAUUUCGCUGUUAUAUAGAAGGUGGCCAGGCGGAAGGCAUGAAAAGGCCAUGUAGAGGGGCUGUGGACAAGAGGCAGCCGAAAGGGGUCAUUUGGAAGACCGUACCUCACCGUUUAUUCUUUGGCCGAGAAAGUACUGUUACCUGGGGUCUUGGAGGGGUUGCUUUCCUAAACCCUGAAAGUAAUGAUCAAGAGAAAACAUUCAUGUGCCUCUAUAAGAUCACUCUUGAGCAGUUCAAUGAUGUUCUGUUUCAAGAGAAUCAAGGUGCCGAUACAGGUUCUCCUUUUUUCGACCUUGAUGCUUUAGAUACUGUUGAACAUAAAAAGAAUAUUUCUUUGAAGCCUCUUAAGAAUGGUUGGUACCAUAAUGUUCUUUACUUGGGGAAGGAAAAUGAUAUUCCAAUUCUAACAAUGACGUGCACUGGUGCUCAUGUUGAAGGAUUUAAAUCCGGGAAGACACCGAUUCGUGCACCGGCUAAAGAGUACGCAGACACCUUGAUUAGGGGGCUUGUACAGGGAAAACAACUGUCAGAAGCUGAAGCAGUCGCUUAUAUACAGGAAGCCUGCACUAAACCAUUAUGAUUGAAGUUGAAACCUUCAUGUGUAUAUUCCUUGGGAGUAGUUGAUUGAACAACCUGUCCUAGUAAUCUUUUUUUCAACUAAGAUUCAUGCUUCCGACUUGUGGGGUCGAAUGGUACUAGUUUUUAACUCUGAAACUGAUGGGAGUUUAGGAUUCUUUUGGGUGAAGAUUUAUGUGUAUAAUGUGUUCUUACCAGUUAUGGUGUCACAAGAAAGCUGGUUAAAUAGUUAAGAUCCUUGUAAUCGGUUCAUCCACUUUCUAACUAUUUUAUGUGUCAAUCAGUCGAUGGGUGAAAAUGUUAAAUUUCCUUCAA